AGGACCUCGUUCCACCGCGCAAGAGACGGCGACCAGGACGGCGGUAAGGUCGGGGCCCUCAUGCGGCGGCUGAAGUUCCGGGAGGCGCGCGCCGUGCACCUCGUGGACCUCACCGUGCCCGAGGAGGACUUCGACGGCGCGGCGGGCUCGUCGUCGGCGGCGGCGGCCCAGGGCGGCGCCGUGGGGUCCAACGACAGCGCGGCCGCCAGCUCGCGGCUGCCGGAGAGGUUGCGGCUGAUGGAGGCGGUUGUCGGGGAGGACAAGGACCGCGAGGCGAUGCUAGUGCUGUGGCUGCUGCGGCAGUACCGCUGGGGCGGCGGGCAGGAUGCCAGCGGCGCCGGGGCCGGCGGCCGCGUCGUGCUCUUCGUCAAUGCGAUCUCGACGGUGCUGAGGCUCACGUCGGUGCUGGCGCUGCUGCUGGAGAGCCCGAGCGCCGCCAAGGUCCUGUCCAGAGUGAAGAUGAGCAGCGGCCCAGGCGAGGGCAAGGACUCCCCCGCCUUGAAGGUGGACGUCAUCGGCCUGCAUUCGCGCAUGAGGCAGAAGGACCGACAGCAGACCGGGGAACUGUCGGCGGCGGCGGCGGCGGAGUGGCGGAGAGAUUGGAGGAUCUGCGGGAUCUACUGGUCAGGGCUCCACCGGGCCCUCGACGACGUCAGCUCGAAUGCCGAGUGCCCCACUGUACAGCAGUUUCUGUGGAUGCCCUGA